UGUGUGAAGUGGGAUCUUUGAGUGGCUUUUGAUCGAUUCGAAACUCGGGUUCGUCCCCGUCAACACCUGAACGGGUGGAGUACCGUCUCUCUCGUCGGGUUUCCCCCUUAUUCAAUCCGUCCGUAUCCGUCCGUUUUUCAUCUCCGCGGAAGGACCGCUAGAAGAGACCUCGACCUUCUGCUCAGCGAGUCAGGGAACAAUGGCAUCUGACAGUUCCACCAGAGACGCCCAUCGUCUUUCCUUUGCAAAGAUCGCGGCCAUGCCUCCACCAUCCAACUCGGAGGCUCCCGCCUCAUCUGACGAGGUGAACGGCUCCCUGUCGGUCGACGACCUAUCAUGUUCCGAACAGCAUGCCUCGGGACACAUUCUCUCCGACUCAGGAGCCCCGAGUAACGUCCGAGGCGAGGCUGUCACUGCGGAUCGAAAUCUCGAAAGUCUAUCACAGGCCGUGCAUAGCGUUCACCUGGAAGAGAAGAAAUAUCAUGGCAGUUCUAUGUUCUCCGGUGAAGCCCCAGACAACGGUUCUCUGAAACGGGAGACCUCGUUUGAGGACGACCGUACCCACCUUUCGAACUCUUCGACCAAGCCCACGAGCUUCGAUUCCAAGAGCAUGGCAUCGGUGACUACAUUCGCAAUGGACGAGAAAGACUCGCUGCGUCCCGAUGACAGUGCUAGCGUCCAAGCUGUGGAUGAGGAGGAGUCUCUGUCCGGGCCGGCCUCCGGUGCCGCGAAUUCGUUGACAGGGUCAGAGUCGGGUGCACGCGGUUUUCGGGACCUACAAAGACCGCGGGGAAUACUCCAACCUCCCGGCCCGAUCUUCAAUGAUGGCAUCCAGCGCACGAACGGUGCCAUUCUUCCGGACGCUGUCGCAACGAACUACAUUAUCCCGAAUGCCGAUGCUUUCCAAGAUGGGCGGCCCAUCCAUGGGUUCCCAUCCGAACCAGACGAGAAACUUCUUGAGGCUAUGAAAUCUCCCAAAGACCGCCUCUUGAUUCUUCAACUAGAGGAGAAAGUCCGACACUUUAUACAAACUUCCAAGGAGCACUCUUUGGAACUUCCACCCUCAAACGCUUUUGGACGGCUCCUCGCGCAUAAACUGGGUGACUACUAUCAUUUGACCCACUUUGUGGACAACAACGUUACAUCUGUUCGACUCCACCGAACCCCAUUCUGUCGGCUUCCAACGCCCCUGUCAGUCCUGCACGCUGCCAAUAGCAGUACCCCGCCUCCCGCCAUGCCCGCCAUGAAAAUCAUGCGCCGUACGGAUAGUGAGCGACCCUCCACAGAAGGAAGCAUUGCAGCAAGCUCCUCUGCUCCCUCGAAGAACGGAUCCGAGGCCGGCGACAGUGGCGACGGGGAGCGCGGUGGUUCUUCCGCCGGAGCUACCCCGGCCAAAGACCGGUUGACUUUGACCCGCGAGGAGCGAGAAGCCAAGUAUCAGGAAGCUCGGGAGCGGAUCUUCCGUGAUUUUGCCGAGCCAAAGACGUCUGAGAAUGCCAAUGGCGAGACUGGGACCAAUAUGUCACGCUCGAGUUCAGCGAGCGGACGCCGGAAGGGACACAGGCAGAAGACUCCUCACGAUGACAGUUUCGAAGUUCGGUCUCAAUUCAACGCAUAUUAUCCCGGGAUGCAAUACACCAACGGAUCCAUGCCCUACGGUAUGGCUGUGAAUGAUCCGUCUUUCCCCAAUCAUCCUUGCAUGGUUGGACCGGGCGUGUCCCCGCCUGCUAUGGGCUUCGGCCCUAGUGGCCAGACCGGUCACACGUAUUCCGGAUCCAUGAACGUGAAUGCCAUGCCGCACUACUCAAUGCCAGUAUCGCCUCAGAUGACCCCGAGCGGCCCGUGGCAGAAUGGCCCUGUGCCGCAGCAGUCCCCUUACUCGGGAUAUGCGACCAUUAACCAGUCACCAGCGAUGGCAUCUACCAAGUCGUCUCCUGCAUUGAACAGCUAUCCCAUGCCCAACUCUGUCCAAUAUCCGCCCAAUGCCGGUUGGUCCACCCCACCUUACCCGGGCGUUUACCCACAGACUCCAAUUCGCAACCCUCCUCCAUCUACAUGGACCAAUUAUCCGACACCAACCUCCUACCCCUACGCCCAAUAUCCUGGACAAGCAUUGAGCCCGGGAAUGCAGAGCCACUCGGGCACCCACCCCUUGCCGGGCAGCUUUAAUCGGUCACCUUUUAACCCUCAAACCCGUUCAUUUGUCCCCGGCGGCGCGCCGUUAGCAAGGCAUCCAAGCAAGGGCAGCCAGCAUGGAAUGAAUCCAUACCCUGGCAUACAACCGGGGUUACAGCCUCAGUGGCCCAACUUCCCAGAUGCCACCAGCAAGCCUCAGGAAGCAUCUGGAUCGGCUGGGCAUGGACUGGCUCGCGGUGGUCUGUCGGGCAGAGAUUCUAUCGCGAAGUGGGGGACACCGUCGCAUCUUCCCCCCAAACCGCCACCGUCCGAGGUUCCUUCCGAUUUUGACCUGAAGCCGCGGAGUGGCCCUAGCUCGACCCAUCCUUACUCGGGCAACACGCUUCCCACCACCAAGACCGGGCCACUCGUCGUUUCGGGUGGAGCGACUCUCCCGAGGGUCAACUAGGGUCUUCCCCUCCUAUGGCCCAAUCCGGGGGUUCUGUGGUGGGGGUGGUAUCUGAUUUCUGUUCCACAAAAGUACAUAUGCUUCCUUGUCGUCGUGGAGUGUCGCCCGUGGCAAGGUUCCGGACAUGGCCGUUUGAUCGCUGGCAGAUUAGACACGGGGACGGAUAUUGAGCCAUUUGGCGUCACCCGUCGGAGCGAGACAUGAAUUGAUGAGCGGGAUCUGGGUUUCAUAUCCUUAGCGGUCGAUGACUGGGAUUUCGUGGGCGUUCGGGACUUGGUUGGACACCU